AUGGCUCCCAAGAAUCGAAUAUGGACGCUGAACGACUUGAAUGGUAGUAGUCAAAGUUUCACGCCUCCAGAAGAAUCAAAAGGGCCACAACACCCUUCCGCCAAUAAGUCAUCUUCGGUCACCAAUGCCUACGAGCAAGAAGAACCAGUCAAUGAUCCUUUGGCUGCGCAGUAUUGCCAACCCAUCAAUUCAAAAGACGGGGUUCCAUUAUUCCACAUUCCCAAUCUUCUUUCAGACAAAGUCUGCGAAGAUACAUUAAAACGCAUUCACCAAGAGUUCUUGCCCAUUAUCCAACGCCGCAAAUUCAACGUCAAGAGCAUUUCCGAACUAUGUUGCUGUGGGGAUGGUUUGGAUUACAGACCCAAGCGUGGACGCAAGCUACGGAAAAUGUCCAAUAAUGUCUUGGGGUACAACAUGACACGAUGGCAUGGGAGGUCCAAGACACAUACCAUUCAUUUGCGACUGCGGAAUCCAAACAAUCACACUCGAUUGUUUCCUUGGGAGGAUGUGGCAGGUACCAUGGCGCACGAACUAAGCCAUUGUGUCCAUGGUCCUCACAAUGCGGCUUUUUACAAACUCAUGGAAGAAAUAUUGGAAGAGCAUGCAACAUUGCUGGUCAAUCGAAUGGGUUUCAAUCCCGACUAUAGACAACCCACAGGAGGUGGAGCUGCCACCCCAAGUGAUGCAUUCCAAACCACCAAGGGACAAACCUUGGGUGGCAAGAAGUUGGGCAAAAGUCGCUUGGUGGAUGGAAAAUCUAGCAACGGUGGUGGUCAUCGAUUGGGAGGCAGCAAGGUUUCCAAUCGAAAAGCCAUGCAAGAAGCCAUUGUCCGAGCGGCGGAAUCUCGAAAACGCCAGAUGGAUCUCACAAGAAGAAUGAUGGAAAAAGCCAAGCAACCUUGCGUCAUUGAAAUCUACGACAGUGAUGACGAUGAGGAAGGGGCAGAUGAGCCGAAUCAAGGUGCAAAGAUGCCGGUCCGUUCUAAUCGGCGCCGAGAUCAAGAGCAGCAACAAGAGAGUACAACAAAGAGGCCCAAGGUCGAGUGCAUCGACCUCACUUCCCCAGAUACAAAACCAAAGGCGGCAGAGACCAAAAAUAUCAAGCCAAUCAAGCCAAUUGCCGUCGACAAUUGUAUCGAUCUGACCAACGACGUGGAGGAUUCGUCGAUGAAAGUCACGGUUCCAAAUGCAACAAUUGUGACUACAUGUACUACGAGCGAUGGCUGGGUCUGCGCCCAUUGCACCCUACAAAAUCGACCUCUGUCGCUGGUUUGUGAUGCAUGCCUUCAAGAACGCAAUGCGCGAUAG